AUGCCCCCCACUCUCGCUUCGCUAACUCGGUCAUUAACCCUCCCCCUCAAUCGCAAACAACGUCAACUCUCGUCCCCUGGUGCCGAUGUCGACCAACCCGACAUCUCAACUGCAACUGGCCCGAUCGAAUUCUCCGCAUCCCGCCCACCUGUUCGACGAAACAACUCCGUCAUGGUCAAAUCAUCCUCCAACUCGAAUGGCGCAUUCAAUCUGAAUUUGAACGGUAUCAAACGUUCCAAUACGAUGAAAUCCGUCAAAACACCGAAAACACCCACUGGCGAAUCACCAUUUGUCGUGCCGGCGUAUGUAGGCCCGGACAACGCGACACCGCAGGGAGUCGUGUUUGGGAGACCGUUGAAGGAGUCGCUGCAGUAUGCUAGCGUGCAGAUAUCGACGGCCAAUUCGAACGGGGAGCUCUAUGUUUGGGGUCACAUACCAGUAGUGGUGGCUAAAUGUGGUCUAUAUCUAAAGGAGAAUGCCACUGAAGUUCAAGGAACGUUUCGCGUCAACGGAUCUAAUAAGCGUAUGAGGGAACUACAAGAGGCGUUCGAGACGCCACCACGGUACGGGAAAGAUCUGGUGUGGACAGAGGGGAAAUACAAUACGCAUGACGUUGCGAGCGUGUUCAGGAGAUACCUCACUCAGAUGCCCGAACCCGUGAUACCUUACGAGUUGUAUCAUCAGUUCCGGGACGCUUUAGCCAAAGAACCCUACAACCAGGACGAAGUGAUCGCGAAGUACAAGUCCCUGAUCCGGCAAAUGCCUCGGGGGAAUCAAUACCUUUUGCUCUACGUUCUUGAUUUGCUCUCUGUGUUCGCCAGAAAGAGCGAUAUUAAUCUGAUGACCGCGACCAAUCUCGCUGUCAUCUUCCGACCGGGACUACUUUCUCAUCCAGAGCAUGAGAUGGUUCCACAAGAACACGCGCUCAGUCAGAAGGUGUUGGAGUUUUUGAUUGCACAUCAGGAUUGGUUCAUGCUGGACGUUCCACCACCACCUCCGAGAAGAGGAAGCCAACAGCAACAACCCACGGGGCAUGAGCGGAGAGGGAGUGAGCAACACCAGCACCAUGGAACGUCAUCGUCGGCACCCAACCCCAAUUCGCUUCAGUCGACCAGCCAUGGAGCGUCGAAAACCCAGCCGCCUCUGACACCGAACUCCGUAACAGCAACUGCAGGCCAUGGCUCAUCAACACAGCAUACUGUGAGUAACUCGAGCCAUUCGAAUGGUUUCGGACUCUCCCCGAUCCAUGCUGCCCCUUCAUCAUAUCAUCCUCCGAGCCAAUCUCGACAGCCACCAUCACGGUUUGGAUUGAGUAGUGGACGGCCGCUAUCGGACGUUGGGAUUGAGGUUGAUGAUGUUAUGGUGAUUCCCAGUGGAGCAUUGGAGGAACAGGGCGGCGAAUUCUCGAGUGGGGUGGGAGGGGGCGGUUGGAGGUCGAAAUCGUCGUCCAAAGAUAAAGAUAAGGAGCGGGAAAAAGAAAAAGAAAGGAUCAAGAUGAUGAGACGGAGGACAACGAUGGAGCGAAGUGACCUUCAGAACCGGGAUGGCUCCAUAGGCGAUGUUAUGACUUCACCCAUCCCCGAAUUGGAUAGCCCUAACGGUAACGGUGUGACAGUUCAACGAAGCCGUACGCUACCGUCUUCAAGACGGAAAGAUCAACAAAGCCACAAUGCAAGCGGUGAGCUGGUACUCUCAUCAUCCACAGGGACAGGCAAGGAAAACUUUCUUGGAACUGUCAAAGAAGGCAAAGAACGAAGAGGCCUACUGUUGAAGAAGAAUCGACGAAUCAGCUCUAACGCCGUCGAGAAGGAACGGACUUCGUAG